AUGAACUCUCUUAGAAUCGCUCGGGCUGCUCUCCGGGCAAGGCCUGCCGCUAUCAGGGCCCCCCUCCAGCGGAGAGCAUAUGCCGAUGCUGUGGCCGACAAAAUAAAACUCUCCCUUGUUCUCCCACAUGAGAGCAUCUACAAAUCGACAGACGUCAUCCAAGUCAACAUCCCUGCCGAAUCUGGCGGGAUGGGUAUUCUUGCAAACCACGUCCCAUCCAUCGAACAACUGAAGCCCGGCCUCGUUGAGAUCAUCGAGGAAUCCGGAGGAACCAAGCAAUUCUUCCUGUCUGGUGGCUUCGCUAUCGUCCAGCCCAACUCCCAGCUCAGCAUCAAUGCCGUCGAAGGUUACACCCUUGAUCAAUUCAGCGCAGAGGCUGUGAAAUCACAGAUUGCUGAAGCACAGAGAAUCGCCAGCGGCAGUGGUAGCGAGCAAGAUAUCGCUGAGGCGAAGAUUGAGCUGGAGGUGCUGGAGAGCCUGCAGGCUGCUCUGAAAUAA